UUAGUUUUUGGAAAUAAAUGUUAUGAAUUGUACAUGUUGAGAAGUUCCGGGUUUGACGUAGCAUCGAACUGGAACGCUUUAAAGAGGAAAAAUACAAUAUGAGGAAAACAGGACAGGAUGAUAAACUCCCGGACUAAAUGUGUCUUUGUGUAACGGCCUCCUCGAAUAUGUAUAAUCACCUGUUCCUCCUCUUUUCGUGUUAUUGUGAUAUGUGUAAUGUUUCCUUUUCCUGUCUUCCUCAUAGCAUGCCUGUUUGAGAUAUUCCUUUUAUUUACAUGUGUACUUCGUUUUUUCCUAUAGAUGUAUAGUAACCUACAAGCAGGUGUUAUUUUCUAGCAGAGCCUAAUCUGAAUGUUGCAAUGAUAUUUUUUAUAAUUUUUACUCCUGUUCAACCCUUAACCUAAUUCUGAACCUAACCCUAAAAUCAAGUCUUAACCCUCAGACCAUUGAAAAAGUGAGGACUGGUCAAAAUGUCCUCACUCUGUAAGCUUUGCUUAAAAUUGUUCUCAAAAAGGUUUAAGUACUCACACACACACACACACACGCACACACACACACACACUAAAUGCAAAAUCACAUAAUCUACAAAUAUAUAUAAUCAUCUUAAGUUUGUUUAAGAGAUAAAAACACAGAUGCCCUGAGUGGUUCAUCUCACAGCUAAAUGUAAAUGUGUCAACAUCCACUCCUAUGCUUCCUCAUCAUGCCAAACAGGAAAAACUGGUUUCUUAUGUAUUGUCGUUCAGGGUGUAUCUCCAGCAGUUUAUUAUUCACACACUGAGAAUGUUAGCAGACAGGUGAUGAUGUCUGAUUCUUGCUAGCAUUAAUAGCGUGUCACUGAAGUCACUCCUCUUUUAGUUGUCUCUUAAAUAUCCACGCCCAUACUGCCUCUCUCGUUUAUAUUGUCUCAGCUGUUCAGUCAAAUAUAUGUUGCAUGAGAGUGGCUCUCUUGAAAACCUUCUGAUGUAUACAGCAGUCUGAUUAUACAAGCAGAAACUUUACAGAGACUCAAACUUUCUCACCAUGUCCAACCAGCCCAUGCAAAACCAACAUGAAGUGGCCUACAUGUCUCUGAUGAGAGGCUUGAAAGAGCUGGACCUCCGUGGCCAAAGUGUUCCCAGUGACCUGGUUCUGACGGGAGACCAUGCCUUUCCUUUGGCAAUGAACAGCAAAGGCCAGGUCCCGAUGGCUGCGUCUCUGUACUGCAGUGGAAGGGUUGUAGUUCUGGGUCAUGAGAGUUACCUGUGGACCCUCCCAGCUCUUGUAGAGAAUGCUCUGAUCUGGCUGAGAGGAGAUGGAUCCGACAACCUGUCUGUAGGGAUCCAUCAAAAUGUCAUGUCAGUCGCUAAUAACCUCAGCAAAUCCAGCUUCCAAGCCAAAGUGGUGGGAGCCUUUAGUGAAAAUCUGGGGGUUGGUGUGUAUGUGACAGAUGCCUACAGUGUGGGUGAACACAAGCAGGAUCUAGUGGCAUUCAUGAAAGCUGGAGGAGGAAUGUUGAUAGCAGGUCAGGCGUGGAGCUGGGCUGCAAGUUACCCAAAAGAAAACGCACUGCUUGUGUUUGAAGGGAACAAGGUUUCUGGUGUGGCAGGGAUCUACUUCUCUGAUCAUCAGGCUGAGGCAGAGUACCUGCCUGUCUAUCCUAAAAUCCCAUCCUCCUGGAUGGCUGUAGUAAACGGAAAGGAUUUUGAGGAUGACUUGGAGUUCUUACUCAAGGGGGUUUCAGAGUUCGACAUCCAAGAGGGAGCAUUACUUUCUGAGGUUCUGGUCCAUGGCCCUCUAGCCUUUCCCAUUGGGACCACAGAGAAUGGAAACGCGUUCCUGGCAGGAUCCUACUAUGGACAGGGACGGGUCAUUGUGAUUUCACAUGAAGGAAUUCUUUCACGAGAGCCAAUGACGCAAUUUUGGAGUAAUGCCGUUCACUGGUUGGAUGAAGGCCGGAAUGGGGUCAUUGGGGUAUUGCAGGAUCAAGCCUUAGGAAUCCUCAGCAAGUCAGGGUUAAAGUGUGAGAAGACAAACUUCAGGAAAGACCUGAGUGUAUUCGUAUGCACAGCAUACAGCGGUGAUCACAUGGAGGAUAUCCAGAACUUUGUGGCAGAGGGAGGAGGCCUUCUGAUUGGUGGACAUGCCUGGUACUGGGCACAGACACACUGUGGACAAAACGUAUUAACAGAAUUCGUAGGGAACAAGAUCCUAACUAAAAUGGGCUUGAGCCUGUUGGGAGCAACAAUCGGCGGUGGUGUAUACAAGGCCCCUAUACCCAGCCAGGCCGUCAAAGACACCUACCACUUCCGCCACCUUCUUCAUCGCUUUGCUGGACAUGUCAACACAGGAACAGAUCUCACGAAGCAUGAAGAGGAAUGUCUGAAAAAGCUGGGCACGGACUGUUCCACCUACUUGAGCAUGAAGGCUCAUGAUUGCUCCUUCUAUGCACAGCUCCUGUCCGCCCUGACUGGUAUCAUAAUGAGGGUUGGCAUGCCACAGGUGUCUGACACCUGUCCUGUGAAGGACUCCAAAGACCACCUGCUCCUCAAUGUGGGCACAGAGUUAUAUAAAGUUCACCCAAAUCCAGAUGCUCUCCUGCCUUUCCUCAUUAAGGAUAAUCCUUUGAUGCCAGUUAUCUAUAACCACAGGAUCCAGAUCAACGUUAACACAACAGACUGGGAGUGGAUCAGUACAGGUCUCUACCUCGCUCCUGGCAUGAAGACCUACAUUGCCAUACCAGCAGACAUGGUCAACAAAGGAUGGAAGAUCCAAAUAGGCUGUCAAACAGACAGGCUGAAUCAUGGAGAGUUGAAGAGAGCACCAAGUGUUCAUGAACAAUUUCCCAUAACCACAGAGAUGAUGCUGGUGUACAACCUCUGGGGUGGACUCCUCUACCUGGUGGCCCCUGCCAAAGCACAAGUACAGGGUCAGAUCAUAGUGCAGAUGGCUGUACCUGCGCCAUAUUACAAAUUUGGUGCGACAACAGCAGCAGAGUGGUCCUUGUUGCGCAAUGCUCCCUCACCCUGGGCCGAGUUGGAGUUUGACAACAUCAUCCUUACUGUGCAAUCAAAUGUGGUUCGGGGCCUGGAUCGCCCUGACGAGUUGGCAGCGCUCUGGAAUGAAAUGAUGAGGGCCAUUGCUGACCUGGCUGCAAAACCACACAAAUUUCCCCGCAAAGAACGCUAUGUAGCAGACGUGCAGAUUUCCCACGGUUGGAUGCAUGCAGGUUACCCUGUAAUGAUACACAGCACUGUUGCGGGUGAAAUGGUCAGUGUUGACCAUAUCAGGAACGUAGGAAUAUGGGGGCUCAUCCAUGAACUGGGACACAACCAGCAGAGAGGCUGCUGGGAGUUCCCACCCAACACCACUGAGUGUACAUGCAACCUCUGGUCAGUGUAUGUGCAUGAAGAGGUGCUUGGGAUCGACAGAGCAAAGGCUCACCCAAAUAUGACUUUAGCAAACCGAAACUGUCGAGCAGCGGAGUUUGCUAAGGGGGGCAGGCAACUCUGCCAAUGGGACAUGUGGGUGGCCCUGGAGACAUAUAUGCAGCUCCAGGAUAAGUUUGGCUGGGACGCCUUUAAGAAGGUGUUUGCUGCCUACCACACGAUGAGCGACUUUCCCAAUGACAACAAAGGAAAGAUGAACCUGUACGCUGAGACUUUCUCCCAGACUGUGGAGUUGAACCUGACUGGAUUCUUCAAGAGCUGGGGUUGGCCCAUCGAACCAGCCACAGAAGAGAAACUCUCCAACCUGCCCUCUUGGAGCGACCACCCCAUGGUCCAGUAUGACUGAGCUGCAGUGUGAUGCUGAUUGAAGUGCAGAGAGAUGGGUCCUAAGAGUAUGAAUCUUUGGGUAUUUAUGAGGAAAUAUAAUUAACUGCUUUUGUUUUCUUUUUUGUUUUUGAUGUAUUUGACCAUGUCUCUACACUAUUUUAAAAGAGAAAGAAUUUUUAUAGCUGACGAUAUAUUUACAGCUUCUUUAUUUAGUAACUCUUGGGUGAAUUAGUUUGGUUCAUCUGAACCUCUUACUGAGUAACAAUAAGUCAGUCUAACUAAAUGAGAUGGUCCUUCUCUCACACUGGAUUUAAUGUAAAAAAUAUACUUUUCAAGUUUAUACAACGGUGUCUAUUGAUGGCUGGGUCACUAAAAUCUAUUCCUGAUGUUGUUGAUCAAUUAGAGAAAUGCGUAAUAAGCCGACCCUUCUAAAGCAGCUUCAUUAAGACAAAUCUAUGUAAAUCCAAUAAUUCCACUCAACCACCAAUUAUGUAACCAAAAUUUAUAAUGCAGUUAAUUAUUUGCUUCACAUGUUGCUAUUAGUGAAAUGGCUGUGCUAGCUGAUUAUUGAUAAGACAAUUGUACAAAUUUGUAUACUAAAUAAUUAAAUCUGGAUAUAUUAAAAAAAUAACCUUAAUUAAAGGUUGUGAAUUUGUGAUUACAUAUUAGGCUGAUGCAUUGGUUUGGUUGUUCUUUAUUGUUUUAACUAAAGAGGGUUGCAAACUGAGGGUGUGAGAUGUAAAUAAAGAUGAUUUGAAAGGUGUUUACUGUUGAACAUAAUAUGUAUUAUUGGUGUUAAUAAAAGGCUAAAUGUGGCUAAACUUCUCCAAAAUGAGGAUGGAACUGUUGCGUGUAAGCUAUUCUUUUAAUUUGCCUUCUUACUGAAUGUUCUUAUGAAGUAAACGUUACGUUAACAGGC